GGAAGGUCGGAAGGACGUUUGGAGAGAGGAAGGAGGAGGAGGAGUCAAAAGUUGUUUUGUGGCCACCACCACCAGCAAGCAAGCAGCAGCUACAACAACAACAGAGGCGGUCAUGCUGUGCGCUAUGGCCCCUCCGAGAGCGAGAGCUUUGUGCUGGUCUCGGUGGUGCACGAGGGCCCCCCUCGGGAGCCAGGGCCCCCCCAGUGGGGCCCUGGUGGCCCCGUGGCCGCGGGCUCGGUGGGGCAGCGACGACGCAGCGCUGCGCGUCGGUUGCGCGUCCGCGUUCUGGGGAGACACGGCCACCGCAGUACCACAACUGGUGCACGGUGGCCGGCUGGACUUCCUGGUGUUUGACUACCUCUCCGAGAUCACCAUGUCCCUCCUGGCCAACGCGAAGAGCAAGGCGCCGAACAUGGGGUACACGCCUGACUUUGUGUAUGCUGCAAUGGCUCCGUUCAUCAAAGACAUCCACAAGAGAGGCGUGCGCGUGGUGAGCAACGCGGGCGGCAUGAACCCGGAGGCGUGCGCACUGGCGCUGCGAGAGGCCGCCACCAAGGCCGGGGUGCAGCUCAGCGUGGCCGUCGUGACGGGCGACGACCUCAUGGAGCACAAGGCAGCGAUCGCAGAGUCCGGAGUGCGAGACCUGGACACUGGAGUGCCCUUCCCACAGUCCGUCUACAGCAUGAACGCGUACCUGGGUGCGCAGCCAAUCAGCCGGGCGCUGGACCUCGGGGCGGACGUGGUCAUCACUGGCAGGUGCGUGGACAGCGCCCUGGUGCUGGGUCCUCUCAUUCACAAAUUUGGUUGGAAACCCCAAGACUAUGACCUCCUUGCGGCAGGCUGCCUGGCAGGGCAUCUGAUUGAAUGUGGUGCUCAGUGCACGGGUGGAAUAUACACCGACUGGCACACCAUCCCAGACUGGGAAAACAUCGGCUACCCGGUGGUGGAGUGCUCGGCCAACGGAAGCUUCACGGUGAGCAAGCCCCCCGGCACGGGCGGCCUGGUGUCGACCGGCACGGUGUCGGAGCAGCUGGUGUACGAGGUGGGCGACCCGCGGAGAUAUCUGCUGCCCGAUGUCACGUGCGACUUCUCCGAGGUCACGCUGGCCGAGCUGCCCGGUGUGGAAGGCGGCGCGGUGUUGGUGCGGGGAGCCAAGGGGUCACCGCCGUCACCGUCCUACAAGGUGAGCGCGACGUUCCUCGACGGGUUCCGCGCCACGGCCGUGUGCCCCAUCGGAGGCCCCCGGGCGGCCGAGAAGGCCCGGAGGACGGCGGACGCCAUCCUCAAAAGGGCUCGGCGGAUCUUCAAGCAUUUGGGGCUCAGCGACUUCUCGAAGGUUCACGUGCAGGUGCUGGGAGCCGAGGACACGUACGGGCCUCACGCACGCAGCUGGUCCGACGGGGGUCCCAGGGACGUGGCGCUGUGGAUGUCCGUGGGCCACAGCCACAAGAGGGCGCUGGAGCUCUUCCGCAUGGAGAUCGCUUCGGCGGGCACCAGCAUGGCUCCAGGACUGACGGGCAUUGUCGGCGGACGCCCCAAAAUAUCCCCAGUGCUGAAACUUUUCUCCUUUCUGUAUCCGAAGAACAAGACCAAGGUGGACCUCAGCCUGAACGGCGUUCAUGUGGAGACGGUCACCACGGGAGACGCGGCGGAGCCCGGCGGCUCGGCAGUGCCGGGCGAGACGGCGCAAGAGGGCACCUCCUCCUCCUCGUCGUCGUCGUCCGGCGAGGCACAGCUGCCCGGGGGCUCGCACAGCUACAGACUGGAGGAGCUGGCGUUGACGAGGAGCGGCGACAAGGCCGACACGGUUAACAUCGGGGUGAUCGCGCGGCACCCAGCACUCUACCCCUACCUCAAGGCGCGACUCACGGCGAGCGUCGUGCAAAAAUACUUCCAGCACCUCGGCGACGGAGCGGCGGGCCCAGCCGUGAGCAGGUUUGAGCUGCCAGGAAUCCACGCUCUGAAUUUCGUCCUGCGGGAGGCGCUGGGCGGCGGAGGAAUCACGUCACUCCGCAGCGACCCCCAGGGCAAAGCUCUCGGCCAGAUGCUGCUCGACUUGAAGGUGGGAAACCUCCCGGAGCUGAAGGACAUCGCGAGAUGAGAGCGGACGGCGAGAUGAGAGCGUGAAAGCCGCACCCGGCGAUUUGACCAGAGACGCGCCGUCGACCGCCGCGUCGGCCGACGAGCUGACGGACGAGCGUCGUGCCCUUUUAUCUUUUUGUUUUGUGUUUCUUGUUUUGUGUUUCUUGUUUUGUGUUUCUUCCAAAUAAUUUCAAGGAAUCCGUUCUCAAAGAUUUGUAUUUUGUUCCCCCGUGGCUUUGAAGAGACGACGCAUCGCGAUGACGAUAAAUAAAAGGCGCUUGGACCGCUG